CACACACAAACACUUCUUCUUUCUCUCUUUACUUCUGCCAACUUCAUACUGUCCUCUAUUUCUCUUAUAUAAAUUUCUCCUUUUUCUUGUACCUUGCAAUCUCUCUCUCUCUCUCUCUCGCUCUCUCUCUCUCUCUCUCUAUCUCUCUCUCUCUCUCUCUCUCACACACACACACACACACACACAAAAACACUCAUGAGCACACACACAUAGACUCUUGAGUCAUAUACCAGUUCUCUCCACAUUAGCUAAUCGCACAUCACCAUUCUCACAUUUCCACCCGCUCUGAUAGCCACACACACUUUUACCCACAAGCUCUCCCCACCACACACACUGGUACACACCCUCUGCUCUCUCUCUCUUUUCUCCCUCCCAGCCAUACACAUUCUCUCUCUCCCUCAGUCCUCAGCUGCACCUCAGCACAGUAACAUGUUGCCUCGCUGCAGCUCCCGCACAGAGCGCUGAGCAGACGCUUCCAGCUCUAUGUCUCACUGACCAAACAUACAGAGCAAACAACAAGGAGAAGAGGAGGAAGGGUCGUCUCUCUUCUUUUUUUGUCCUGCCACAUUCUUGUAGAGAAAAGGAAGCUGUGGAGGACAGAUUUGAGCGCAGCCUUGGCUUACUUUCACUGAGGGGGACAGAGAAGGAAGUGGCGGCUGAGGAUGAUCUGGAGACCAGAGGAGCAGAAAAGUUAGGUUGGCGCUUGUCUCUUACGCUCUGCUGCUGAACCAUCGGAAACAACUGACCAAAGUUUUCUGAGCAGGAAGGAGGAAGAGGAGGAGGUGGACUUUUAAUGGUGAGGAGCAUCCCUCACACUGGUGACUUUUUGUGACUCGUGUUUGGUCAGCCAGAAAGUAAGACCAACUCCAGAGGCGGCUCCCCAUGUGGCAGGAGGCUCUGUGGACCCGUGGACGCUACUUGCUGGAGAAGAACGAUGGCGGCGAGUGCACCGAGGGGCCUGAGAGCUUGGCAGAUGGGUGCCCGGGGUUCCAGGGUGAGGUGUACGUGGAAGUGGAAAAGCCGCAGGACUGGCUGUAUGAGUCCUACUACAGAAUGAGCCAGCAGCAUCCGCUCAUCGUGUUCCUGCUGCUGAUUGUCAUGGGAACCUGCCUCGCGUUGCUGGCCGUGUUCUUUGCCUCAGGACUGAAUACAGAAGACCACCUGACAUUCCUCAUCACAGUUCCCGCAGCUCUCUUCCUCUUCCUGUCCAUCUUCAUCCUUGUCUGCAUUGAAUCGGUCUUCAAGCGGAUGCUCGGCCUGUUCUCUCUGCUUAUAUGGGCCUGUCUGGUCACCAUGGGUUACCUGUUCAUGUUCUCAGGAGGGAUCCUCAGCCCCUGGGACCAGGUGUCCUUCUUUCUCUUUAUUGUGUUUGUUGUCUACACCAUGCUGCCCUUCUCCAUGAGAGGGGCUAUUAUUGCCAGCGCCAUCACCUGCUCCUCUCACACUGUCACCCUCAGCGUGUGUCUGGCCUUCACUGUCACAGAACUGGAACCUCUGGUCUGGCAGAUCUUAGCUAAUGUGAUCAUCUUUACCUGCGGCAACCUGGCUGGGGCGUACCACAAACAUCUGAUGGACCUCGCUCUAAAACAGACCUACCAAGACACCUGCAACUGUAUCAAGUCCCCUAUUAAACUUGAGUUUGAGAAGCAUCAGCAGGAGCGUUUGCUGUUAUCCUUACUGCCCGCCCACAUAGCCAGAGUGAUGAAGGCUGAGAUCAUCCAGCGGCUGCAGGGACCCAACUUUGGUCGCACUGAGAGCACCAACAACUUCCAUAACCUCUAUGUGCAGCGGCACACUAAUGUCAGCAUUCUGUACGCCGACAUUGUGGGCUUCACCAGGCUGGCCAGUGACUGCUCUCCAGGUGAACUUGUGCAUAUGUUGAAUGAGCUCUUCGGCAAGUUUGAUCAGAUUGCAAAGGAAAAUGAGUGCAUGAGAAUCAAGAUUCUGGGAGACUGUUACUACUGCGUCUCCGGUCUGCCUGAGUCGCUGCCUCACCACGCCAGGAACUGCGUGAAGAUGGGCUUGGAUAUGUGUGAGGCCAUCAAGAAGGUCCGAGAUGCCACUGGAGUUGAUAUAAACAUGCGAGUAGGAGUUCACUCCGGGAAUGUCCUUUGUGGAGUGAUCGGGCUCAGGAAGUGGCAGUAUGAUGUGUGGUCACAUGAUGUGACACUAGCCAAUCAUAUGGAGGCAGGAGGUGUGCCUGGGAGGGUCCAUAUAUCCUCGGUGACGUUGGAGCAUUUGAAGUGCUCUUAUAAAGUGGAGCCUGGAAAUGGGCAGAGCCGAGACUCCUAUUUGAAAGAACAUGGAGUGGUCACUUACCUGGUCAUCAACCCCAAGACUGAGAGGCACAGCCCCCUGCUGGGCGUCCGCUCUCGUCCCUCCCUGGACGGCGGGAAGAUGAGGGCGUCUGUCAGAAUGACACGAUACCUGGAGUCCUGGGGUGCAGCCAAGCCCUUCGCCAACCUCCACCACAGAGACAGCAUGACCACAGACAAUGGCAAGAUCAACACAACUGAUGUUCCUAUGGGCCAGUACCACUUCCAGAGACGAGAGAGGUCCAAAUCUCAACGGAGGAGGUUUGAGGAGGAACUUAAUGAGAGAAUGAUUCGCACUAUUGACGGCAUCAACUCACAGAAGCAGUGGUUAAAGUCGGAGGACAUCCAGAGGAUCUCAUUGUUCUUUCACAACAAAGCUCUGGAGAAGGAGUACAGAUCUACAACGUUACCAGCCUUCAAGUACUAUGUGACCUGCGCCUGUCUCAUAUUCUGCUGUAUAUUCAUAGUGCAGGUCCUCGUCUUGCCCAAAACUGCGGUGCUGGGGAUCUCCUUUGGCCUGGCUUUCUUGCUGUUGGCUUUGAUCCUGCUACUUUGCUUUGCAGGUCACAUUCUGCAGGGGGGAAAGGGCUCAUUCUGCUCUCUAACCUGGUUCCCCACUUCCUCCCGCAUCAUCGUAACCAAUAAUCCCUGGCUGCGAUUGGUUUUCACCAUGACAACCACUGCUCUCAUACUAGUGAUGGCUGUCUUUAACAUGUUCUUUGUGGAGGAUCCAGGAGGACCUGGAGAGGAGGUACGGACAACUUCUCCACCUGUAAACCUAACUAACGAGACCCUGUUGGACAAUAUGGAAGAAAACUUUGGGGAAAACAAGUUUUACCUCCCAUACUUUAUCUACUGCUGCAUCCUGGGCCUGGUGUCAUGCUCAGUGUUCCUGAGAAUUAACUACGAGCUGAAGAUGGUAGUGAUGCUGGUUGCAGUGGUGAUCUAUAACAUCAUUAUCCUCCAGACACACGCCUCCCUGUUGGAUGGAUUUAGCAGAGCACUGUACCAAACAAAUACGCUGGAUAGACCAGGAGUACUGAAAGAUCUGAAGACGAUGGGCUCUGUGUCUCUUUUUAUCUUCUUCGUCACCCUGCUGGUGUUAGCGAGACAGAAUGAAUAUUACUGUAGGUUGGACUUCCUGUGGAGGGACAAGUUCAAAAGGGAGUGCGAGGAGAUAGAGACCAUGGAGAACCUCAACAGAGUCCUGCUGGAGAACGUGUUACCUGCACAUGUGGCUGAACACUUCCUGGGGAGGAACUGGAAAAAUGAGGAUCUUUACCAUCAGUCAUACGAGUCGGUGUGUGUGAUGUUCGCCUCCAUCCCAGACUUCAAAGAGUUUUAUACAGAGUCUGAUGUCAAUAAGGAAGGACUGGAGUGCCUCCGUCUUCUAAACGAGAUCAUAGCCGACUUUGAUGAGCUGCUGUCCAAACCCAAGUUCAGUGGUGUGGAGAAGAUCAAGACCAUUGGGAGCACCUACAUGGCUGCAACUGGACUCAAUGUGACACCAGGACCAGAGAGUAUACAGGAACAUGACAGACAGUACAUGCACAUUGGCACCAUGGUGGAAUUUGCCUUUGCUCUAGUGGGGAAGCUCGAUGUUAUCAACAAACACUCCUUCAACGACUUCAGACUCCGAAUUGGGAUAAACCAUGGGCCAGUUAUUGCAGGAGUUAUAGGAGCCCAGAAGCCUCAGUACGACAUCUGGGGCAACAGUGUGAAUGUGGCAAGUAGGAUGGAGACCACUGGAGUACUGGGAAAAAUACAGGUAACAGAGGAGACAAGUCAUAUUUUAUCAACACUUGGGUACAUGUGUUCAUGUCGCGGCAUCAUCAAUGUGAAGGGCAAGGGAGACCUGAAGACAUACUUUGUUCACACAGAGAUGACCCGCUCUCUGUCACAAGGGACUGUGAUGCCUUGAGCAGAACACGCUUACUGAAAAAAUAAGACUUAAGAACACAAUCACACUCAAAGUGGCUGUACGAGUGAUUUGCCAUGCUCUGUAACUAACACCCAUUACCAGAGGACAGCAGUACAGUGGAUAGACCCAGUUUUGUCCCCAGCAACACAGUGUAGAGCAGUGGUGCUGAGAAGUACGGACACAGUCCUCCAGUGCUGCUUUUUGGACCCAUUUUCAUCACUCGAGUGUAAACAAAGGACAGUACUCUGAGGAGUCUCUUCACUGUGUAAAGGAGUGCCUGACUUAGGAGAGGUUUGCUACAUUAGUGCAGCCCUGAAGGACCUCAGUCACCUGUCUGUACAGUAGUAGUGGUGUGGAUCUAAUUAGCCAUGCCAGUGUUGCAGUGCUUCAGAGCCUUAUACUUGAGCAAACUGAGCUGCCUGCCGAGCUGUGCUUUUUUGUAUCUGCCUUGUUGGCACUGUGUGCCGGUUUUGUUCAGUUUUAUUCCAAAUGGAUGCUACAAUAGUUUAUUGUCAUAUAACGCAGCUCAUGCCAGCAAGUUGCCAGUGUGGUGGGUAGUUUGCCAAAACCUGUGAAUUGUAUUUAUAGCUUCAGGGCUGCCUUUGUGUCCCACUGAAGCGGAGGUGGACUCAGGCACAGGAUCCAAGAGGAAAGUAGAGGUUUCUUUUUUAUAAUUUAUCUGGAAACAAACCAACAGCUAUGAGUGUAAAUGUUCACUGCCAUCCUUUUGUUAUUCAUUAAACAUUUGAUAUAAA